AUGGCAACAAAAGGGAAUUCAGGAGACCGCAGAACUAGUACCAGUUCGUUGUCCAUCUUUGUGAUUGCUGGUUUAUGCUGUUUCUUCUACAUCGUGGGUGCUUGGCAGCGAAGUGGCUUUGGGAAGGGUGAUAACAUAGCUUUAGAGAUCUCUAAACAUACAGACUGUAGCGUCCUCAACAAUCUUAAUUAUCAGACAAGUGGUGAUGCCGGCAUGAAUGAUGGACCACAAGUCAAGGAAUUUAAGCCCUGUGAAGACAAGUACAUCGAUUAUACGCCCUGCCAAGAUCAAAUGAGAGCAAUGACGUUUCCCCGAGAUAAUAUGAUCUAUAGGGAACGCCAUUGUCCUCCUGAACACGAGAAGCUUCAUUGCCUUAUUCCAGCACCCAAAGGAUAUGCAAACCCGUUUCCUUGGCCCAAGAGUCGCGACUAUGUACCCUUUGUUAAUGCGCCUUAUAAGAGCUUGACCGUUGAGAAAGCUGUUCAGAACUGGAUACAGUAUGAGGGCAAUGUGUUUAGGUUCCCUGGUGGAGGAACACAGUUUCCUCAUGGGGCAGAUGCCUAUAUUAAUGAACUCGCUUCUGUUAUCCCCAUGGAUAAUGGAAUUGUUAGAACUGCAUUAGAUACUGGAUGCGGGGUUGCAAGUUGGGGUGCAUACCUUUUCAAAAAGAAUGUUAUAGCCAUGUCAUUUGCCCCAAGGGACUCUCAUGAAUCACAAAUUCAAUUUGCAUUGGAAAGAGGUGUUCCUGCUGUUAUCGGCGUUCUUGGAACUAUCAAGCUUCCAUAUCCAUCUAGAGCCUUUGACAUGGCCCAUUGUUCUCGUUGCUUGAUUCCCUGGGGUGCUAAUGAUGGAAUGUACAUGAUGGAAAUUGAUCGUGUUCUCAGACCUGGUGGUUAUUGGGUGCUUUCUGGUCCCCCCAUCAAUUGGAAGAACAAUUACCAAGCAUGGCAGCGUCCUAAAGAGGAACUCGAGGAAGAACAGAGGAAGAUUGAAGAGGUUGCCAAACUUCUCUGCUGGGAAAAGAAACAUGAGAUCGGUGAAAUUGCUAUUUGGCAGAAAAGAAUCAGUAAUGAUUUUUGCCUUGAGCAAGAUACUAAACCAACUAUGUGUAAAUCAACAAAUCCAGAUGAUGUCUGGUACAAGAAAAUGGAGGCAUGUGUAACUCCUUAUCCUGAGACCGGUGAAGUCACUAGUGCCGCAUGGCAGCCAUUUUCUGAGAGACUUAAUGCUGUUCCUUCCAGAAUUUCCAGUGGCUCCAUUCCUGGAGUGUCUGUUGAGACAUUCCUGGAGGACAACCGGAUAUGGAAGAAGCAUGUCAAUGCUUAUAAGAGGAUAAACAAAAUCAUUGACUCAGGGAGGUAUCGCAACAUUAUGGACAUGAAUGCUGGCAUGGGAGGUUUUGCUGCAGCUCUUGAAUCUCAUAAAUUGUGGGUUAUGAAUGUUAUGCCUACAAUAGCUGAUAAAGACACUCUAGGUGUUAUAUUUGAGCGUGGGUUGAUUGGCAUAUAUCAUGAUUGGUGUGAAGGGUUCUCCACAUACCCAAGGACAUAUGAUCUUAUUCAUGCAAAUGGUGUUUUCAGCUUGUAUAAAGACAAGUGCAAUAUCGAAGACAUUCUUCUGGAGAUGGAUCGUAUUUUAAGGCCAGAAGGAGCAGUCAUAUUCCGUGAUCAAGUUGAUAUGCUUAUCAAGGUCAGGAGAGUUGUGGGAGGAAUGAGAUGGAAUACAAAAAUGGUGGAUCAUGAGGAUGGGCCACUUGUAUCAGAAAAGGUGCUGUUUGCUGUCAAACAAUAUUGGGUUGCAGGCGAAAACAAUAACACCUCCUCGUAG